GAGCUAUUAAGCCGUUUCCUGCUAAGUCUUCAACAACCCUCAGCACCUGGUGCAAGGCUGCUGAGGACCUGGAAUGUUCUGGAAACACGUCCCAGCCACUGAAGUACUCACUACAGAGAUGUGCAGGCUUACAGCAGAAGUCUGUUCCCCUCACCCCAGAGGUCGGCACGGCGUUUGGGAGCAGAGAAUGAAACCUGCUCACAGCUGUGUCGGGUCCUGGCCUCGGCAGGAGCACGUGUGGGAGAACCUUUGGCAAGGAGAGAAGAGAGGAUUUGCCUGAUGGCACUUCUGCCUGAGCAGCGACUCCUUCAAGUCCUUGAGUGGUUCUGGGCCUUAUGGUACGGUUGUCAGCAGAAGGCUGUGCUGUGCGGCAGACCUGAGAUAGAAGAGCAAGCAAAGCUCCAGUGCAACGCCGAGUCCAGCCUUGCGCCCUGAGCUAUCCCUGUGCUGGAUCCAGCAACCUGUGGUCUCUGGUUUUGUGCUUGCCAUCUCCACCUGCGUGCCCCUGGCUCAGGAGGCUGACCUAGCACAGGAGUUAAAGUGGGAGGCCAAGAAGCACUCUAGUAAUUGUGAAAUGGUACAGGAGGCUUGAAGAAUAAAGGAGAAUAAGAACAGCAUUUUCCCAUGCUCCAAGGUUUAAAUUGGCAAAGCCUGGUCACUCCCCACCUGCUUCCUCAUACCAACCAUUCCUCUCUCAUUUCAGAGAGAUCCGAGGGAAAUGAGUUAAAAGCAACAAGAGAGAAAUACCUUUUACGGAAGCGCUAGCAGGCAGUAUGGAUCUGUUAUCCUCUAAAGACGUCCACACAAACUAAUAUAAUUUGAACAGAUACAUUCUGUGCCUCUGAUGCCUUCACUAGGCUUAACUGCUGAGUUUGAUGGUAAAUCCAUGUGACAAUGCAUAUGUUAAAAACUAUUAAGAAGUUAGUAAAGAUUUACUGCCAGCCAGCACAUGAAAUGAAGAAGGAAAAGCUCGGAAGUAAUUGUACUGUGUGGCCUUGUGAAGUGACUGUGAUUUGUAGAAACAUUCGUGACUUGGGCUGGAAAAUGGCAGAGCUGGACCUCGGGGCUUUCCUCUUCCUUGUGGCUAAAGUGGUUGUUUAAUAUUAAGUGAGCGUGAGAGUAUUAAGAGGAUGAGACAACCUUAGCUCCUCAAGAACAGGAUGGAAAGACUCCAAGAUGCAGAUUUUCAAGCAUGCUUCUAAACAACAUUUUCAUUUUUUCCUCAAGCUUGCUUCUAGUCUGACCCUGACAGUUGUAAAUCUUGGAGCUGAUUCAGAAGAGACAAGAACAUUGAGGAUAAUUGCCCUGUAAUUCAGAGAGCCUUGGUGGGGAUGGAGAGGUAUCAACACAUGUGAGAGAGGAACAACUCCCUUUAUUACACUGAGCAGCAGAAGCUCUAUUUGUUAUUAAGCUGAGUGACAGCCCUGUUUGAAUUUCCUCAUACCUCUGCCAGAGCUUAUAUAUCUGAAGAAAAUAUGUGAUCCUGCAAUUAACAAUCAUAUUCUGUAAGUAAUAAAGUGAGAAAAUUCUCAUGGUUCAGUUUGAGCACUGGGAGUUUUUAAAGUAAGUGCUCAUUUUUCUCGAACCUUUUAGUUCUUAGAGUUUGGGGCGAAAAUGUUCUUUUUUCUUUUGCUAAAGCUUAACCUAGCUCACAUCCACAGGCUCGUAACAAUCCCCACAACUUUUGUCAGCAGUGGGGAACGUGGGAUAAACCACCCUGUUGUCAAUAAACUGAUUCUCCCCUUGUUAUAUAACAAUGCAAAUGUAGUAAUCUCCUCUCUGCUCCAGUUGUUACUCAGUCUCCAAUUAAUUCAGAAAUGGGCCAGUAGUAAAUAUGCAACUGCUAGCACAGUUUAAUGUGAAGUCUGGUUUAUUGUCACAUUGCUAUUAACGUCUUCUGAUUAGGCACUGACUUCUCCCUCAGCUGUUUAAAUGUCACUGCUGGAAUCAGAGGGGUGAAAGGAAUCUAAUCUGUUCUCCCCAACCCUCAACCUCUGUAUCACAGGAACUUUGAAAUGUGCAUUUUUUCCUAUUGUUCUCCAGUCUAUUGUGGAAGUGCUGCAGUGACUAAUUCUUGCAUAAAUCAUUGCCAUGACAACACCUGUAAUAUCUGCUGUCAAAUAGUGCCGAGGCGCUGAGGUUCCCUUGGCGCAGCCAGAAGGCUGAGGAGGGAUGACAGGGGAGGAUGUAGCUUCACCAGCCUGUCCUCUCAAGGGCAGGGAUGGAGUUUUGGAAGUCUUCCCCUGCCCUCCUUUCUCCCUCUCUCCCUAGAAGAUGACCAAACCAGCUCUCGUGGACGAACCAGGAGGGCUGCUCUGCGUGCUGGUGGACACCCUGUGCUGGCCUCGGAAGGCCUGGCUCUGCCACUGGCUUCUUGAACAGCCCUUGGUGUUUUCCUCCACCUCUGGAGGGAGCAGGCUGAGCUUUGUGGCACCAUGCAUCAGCUCCAUGCCCAGCACAGGGAGGUCCUGACCUCGCCUGGGCUCAUUAGACCCUCUGUAAUGUAGAUAAGUGUGACAGCCCCGUGUGGUCAAUUUACAGCAGCUGAGGAUGGGGCUCUUCUCUUUUUUUGCUGGACAGCAUUAAUGAUAAAGUAUCGAUUCUCAUCUACUCGGAAGCAGACAAAGUUGGGCAUUGUGUUUAAUUAAGGACCUUACAACUGGGGCUUGUAAAGUGAUCAAUAUUUAUUAGGAUGGGGUAAUCUUGUUUUGACUUUUAAACCUGGUGGAUUUGAUACACAUCAUCAGCAGGGCCAUAAAUGCGUGGCAGUGAGAUGUACUUUUCGCAGGGUAGCAUCUUUUAUGAUAACCUGAAGCCUAGCUCUAGUUUAAUGGCAAAAUAUAUCAACCCAUUUUUCUCCUGUUCCUGCUAGCUCUUCUUUAUUCAUUCUAGAAAGGAGCCCUGUGAAGGAGAAAUUUAGCAGAGAGGUUACUGAUCGCUAUCUGCAGGCUUGUUGCAAAGGAAAAUUUACUGUCGUGGGGUAACACAGGAACAACUCGCAUUUAAUGAAUUUUGUCAGAAGUACUUUAUAGGUAGGGUUGGAUGACAAAUGAGGAGUGGCCUUUAAUGCCAAUGUAGAAUCCAUCUGUCUAGGUCCGUCCACCAUUUUUCUUCCACCUUAUUCAUCCCUAUUGUAGGUGAAGUCUCCUGCGGUAUGUGAAGGUCUCAGUUACACCUCAGAUUAAAGGCAAGGGAAGAAGGAAUGGGUACCAUGAACAGAAUAACCGGUCCCCGUAGUGACUGCACAUUAGGUUUUCUUUGGAAGCUUCCUCCUGUAGAGAGACCUUCUUUUUAUCCACAGUCCCGGCACCUGACCUGAUUUUGUACUCGGCAGUAUCUCCUGUGGUCACUGACAUCUGAGCACGUGAAAGCGUUGCUAUUCUAGUUCCUCUGACUGGGUAGAAAGAGCAGUGUGUGGAGUAGUGGAGCUUCAGAAUUGGAACUGGAGUUAAUGGAAAUCUGCAGAGAGCUCACGAGUCACUUCGGAUCCUUCCUUGUCUAACCCAUUCUUAAAAACCUGUCAUGGAAAAUUCAGAACCUCCUUAUGUGGAGGUGAAGAAAACAAAAGCUAACUAAAAUACGGGUGCACUUGAAGAAAAAAGGAUUCGUAUUGCCCAAGUGAGAAGCGUGGAGACUUUGUUACCUGCAUGGUUCUGAACGCCCAGGUUGUAUCUCGGUGAUUUGUUUCGGUGCCAAAAUAUCCGGAGAGCUGCAGCUUUACCCCCGGUCUCACUGCAAGUCUCCCAGCUGGAACUCGUGGUACUGCACACCCUCACCUGGGGUGGCACUCAGGAGAUGUGCUGAAAUGUAAAUUGAGCUUUCUCUUCAGAUUCAACAUCUGUAUUCUGGAUUUCUGUUCCGAUUCAUCCGCUAAGAAGGACUGAGGGGAAAGGAUGGGUUUUUGUAUGAAGCAUCGGCUAAGCCACUGUCAGUAAUCCUCAGGGAAGGAGAACAAGCGCAAACCUUACACGCUCAGCUGAAACCAGCCCUCCGAUGCCUAACAAGCAAUGACUAAAAACGUUUCCUUCCUCCUCUCUAAAGCUCCAAGAGAAUUAAUCCCAGAUGAAAACCUUUGUUUUGCCUAGCAAGAGCCGGCAGGCUGAACUCUCGCUUGGAACAUGUGUUUGUGCAGCGUCACAGCAGACCUGGGCAAUUGGUGUAACAAAGAGUUUACUCACAGAGAGAUGCUGGUUCUGAGUGGGAGGAGGCAGAGCUGUUUGUGAAUUUGGGUCAGAUUCAGCAAACCAUUUCUGCCAAAAAGAAAGAAAAAAAAAAAACAAAUCCUCUGCCUUUAUUGCUUUUCCAGAUAAUCAAAAUAUUUCAUUUCAUACUUCCCAAGCAGCAGCAAAGUAAAAUAUAAUUCAGAAUUAACAUUUUCUUUUCACUUUGGAGUAUCCCCCACUGAAAACCACAGCCGAGCAGUGCCAUUUGCCCGUGCAAAACAUCUCAUUUAACAAAACCCCGUGUUUUUCACGGGAAAAUACCUGCGUGCUUGUGGCGCAGGUGGGCACCCGUUCGCGUUCCUCCCUCCUCAGAGUGGGCUGCCUGGUGCGAGGCUGGCUUACAUCUAUCAUCUGCUUGUUAAUAGGGAAAAAAAAAAGAAAAAGCCAGCAGAUGGUGCUCGAGAACAUACGCCUGGCGGAGCAGGCCCAGCAAAACUCAGGUGUGUGCACCUCAGGGGGCUGUGGGCUGGAGCUGGAGCAAGGAUGUGGGGAGUGGGCGCAGGAGGUGAUGGGGCAGCUGCAGUGGUGCUCACCUGGAGCUGGCUGAAGGCACUGGUGCUGCCCGCUCUGCCUUCCCCUGCGGCUCCUCUCGUCCCAGCUCCACUUUCAGCUCCUCCAGCACAACGCUGUCAGCCCCUGCUGGGUGCUCGCCGCUUCGGGGGGCUAGUGGAGACGCGUGAGGUUGAACCGAGGUGAUGCCAGGCUGGCUUUAACACUUCUUGUUAGAUUUGCAGCAAAGACUGCUGAUUUUUGUGGGUUGUGGAUAACUGAGAUGAGCGGUGGAGGAGGGAGAUGGCUGUACGCCCUUGUUUUCAUCUGCUGGGACUGAGAAGGUUGCUUUCGUAGCAAAAGAAGAGGUGCCCGUAGGCUUUCCUCAGUUCCUAAUCUGGGGGUUAAGGGUGAAAACUUCUCUUAACUGCUCUGCAGGUGAUGGGGAUGUGCACUGGCCGUGCCCCGUGCUGCUGCUGUUUCACAAGAGUCGCUCCAGACUCACAGCAGCGGAUCGGGGAGCAGCUUCCCCUUGUCCCCAUGCCACGGCUCGGUAAAGGCAGCCUGGCACCUGGUGACAUUUUCCCUGCCUUGACAGCUCAUCUCUCUACGAGCUCCGUUGCCAGACUGACAAGUCUCUUUCUUUCUUUCAUUUCCAGCACACGAAGGGAGACGUAAGCCUCCUUCAUCCGCUCCCUUAAUGUGUGAAUUAAGCACAGUGGGAAAGGAAAGCCGUACAAACAUCUGUCCUGUUCCUCUGCCUUUGCUGCGGAGAUGCUCAGGCUGUGAGACAGCAUAUUGAUGCUGUAGCAUUUUGAGUGUGUGGGACACAUGGGGCUGAAAUCACUGUGCCUGCAAAUAAAGCCUCUCAUGUCAUGUUGCAAGAUGAAGCGACUACUCACGCGCUUUCUUUUCUUCCCAUGUUCACCAGCUUUCCAGGCUGUCAACACUCACAGUUUCUGAAGGCUCCGUUUGAGAGGGUGAAGAAAAUAAACCCUUGCUGGUACAGCAGGCUGCCCAGCGCCCUCGCUGCUGCUGCUGGGAGGUGGCAGUGCCACCGGGGGACGCCUGGCGUGUGCCAUCAGUUCACACUGCCACCAGGGAGGUACAGGCCUGCGCUGCUGAGACCAGUUGUUCUGGUAGCAUGUCACUGGUACGGCAAGAGAAAUGACUGGCUGCUGUGUCUGAUGGGCUCCUGGUGUCAAGAAAGAUCUAUUGUCACAGCCUCAGCUUCUUGUUAACUUGGAACAAUGACAGAUGGCUCUGUCUCAUCCAGAGGUUCACAGAUGAAGCCAUUCAGGGAAACCGCAGUGGAAACCUAAUGCCGAAAUCAGCCCUCAAAAUCGAAUUAACCUUUAGGAAGAUCUUACAAGUGACUGUAAGCAUUGUUUUCUCCUAAAGAGAAAGCAGCUGGAGGAAGUAACAUUUGCCACAACUGUUUGUGAAGGUACCACCUUGCCAUGGCAGACUUUGGCAUCAGCAGAGGGCAUCAGAUGGCAUCUCCUUAGAGGUUUUGAAGCUGAAAAACAGCUGUUAAGAAGCCUAUGCCCAGAGUGGUCCCGGCAAGCCAUAGGGAUGGAACCACAUUGCAGAGUGCCAGAACCCUCCACAGAGCAGCAUUUUCCUUCACUAGACAGCUCUGAUCUUCACCUGUCCUGCCCUCCUGAGAUGACGACCAUGUGCCCAUGCUAACGCUGAACGGGGUGCUUUUCUGCCUUUGCUUUCAUUAAUUUGCCACACACACAGCAUAAGGAGGCUCGAAGCUUCAUCUCCAGCCGCGGCAAUCCAAUACUUGCCCAGCAGAACCCACCUGGAGAGCGUGCUCCGACGGCCAGCAAAUUGUGGAGAAAUUCACUGCAUCCUUCAGAGCAAGAAAUUAUCCUGGAGUGGAAGUUAUGGCUCUGGCAGCCUUACAGAUACAGAAAAAAAAUCCGAAAUAUAAAGGGUGGUUAAGGCAGGAGAUUUAACGGGUGCACUAAAAACCUGUGAGCAGGAAACACCUCAAUCUGGGAGAACUUCAGCUCUGCCUUUUCCCUUUACGUGAAGGUGACCUGGCAGCGGUGUCCAAAGGAGAUGAAAGGCAAAACCUACAGCCACGGGGUUUGGAAGAGCCAACAAGUGCCAGAAAAGGCAAGGGAGCAAGGAGAAGGGGCCUGAAACGUCGGGAAGAGAGUGGGAGCAGGCAGGGGAGGAAGCAGACACUCAAGGCCCCUCCAAAGGGCAUUUACCGGAGUGAAAAUGCGUAAAUGUUCCCCAGAAAUGCCAGGCUGGGGAAUGAGCGCUGCAGGUUUUAUCCUGUUUUUAGGAAAUGCCAAUAUGGGAUGGGAAUUUGGGGAGGAUCUCAGAGGCAAAAGGUCAGCUUGGACAAAUUUCUCAGCCCGGACUAAAAUCGGAAAGGGGCAAACCAGUUUGCUCGCCGAUUUGCCAGGCAAAGCCGCUCCAGCUUCAGAUGGCGGCUAAUUAAAGUGCUGACAUUUUCAGACACAACGAUGCAAAGUCUCUUGCCGCAAGCCAAGUCUGGGCCCUUUUCAGAGUUCAGUUCAUCAAUUUGCUGCCCGGAGGGCCCGGGAGCGGCACGAGCAAGCCAAGCAGGCUGAGAGGGAUUUUUGGUCUGGUGUUUUUCCUAGGGUGCGAGCAAGCUUUUAGCCUUUGGAAGAAUGCUGCAACGCUCCCCAGCACCUCUCACCUGUGCGAGCAGAGCAAGGUGAAGCCUGGCCAUGCUGCUUUGAAGCAGCCACGUUUCCAGAAGGCUGGGGGGGCUUUUUGGGGGAUCUGAAGGCAGCAGGGGGCUGCGAGCGGUGCUGUGCCAUCUGCCUGCUGACACCGCGGAGGGGAGACGCGGGCUGCGAGCAAGGGGCUGGCUGGAAGAGAGCGAGCUGCAAUCAAGAGCCAUAUUGUGGCUGUUUGACUUCCUGCGCGAUGCAUAAUUUAGGAGACAAAAUGCAAAAGUCAGCUCGGCUCAGCGGGGAUUCGGGAGUUGAUUUGGGGGAGUGUAGGAGAGGAGACGCCGUCCCUCUGAUCGCUUGGUGCGGGAGGAGGCUGACAGGUGAUGGGGAGCAGUUGGAAGAGGAACGAUCCUGGCUUAUCCUGGUGCUUUUAGGCAGGCUCCAGCUCUGGCUGGCGAUGUCAGCUCACAGGGGCACUGCUGCCAGCUGGCUUUUUGGUGCUGGGACGUUCAGCAUUUCCCCAGGCUGUUCCCAGGAGGGGGUCCCUCCUGCGGUGGCCUCGGGGAUGCUGCAGAGAGAUGAAUAAAUGGUGAUGUGCUCAAUAAACAGCCAGGCGAGGGGGAGAGGGAGGCACGGGGGGCACCUGGAGCUUGGUGGGCUGCUGUGGAGGGGGGAUUGAUUGGGGCAGGGAGGUCAACAGCUGGAAUGAAACAGCGGGGUGGCUGCAAGCACUGCCCCGGGGCAAAAUGCUGGCACUGGGAUGGAAGCACUGGGAUGCCCUGGUGGGGGCAAAUUUCAAGGCAAAUCAUCCCAUGAGCAGCCCUUUGGGGCCAGAGGGAUGGCAUGUGGCAGCGGGGAUCUGCUCUUCUGGGGUUACCAGUGCCCUGAGACCCUGCAUCGGAUGCGUCCCCCAGCAGCUUUGGGCUUUGAGCUUGCUUUAAAGCCCCGCUCCUCCUCGCCAUGGCUCGGGCAGGGCACCUGGGUUUAUGUGAACCGAGCAGAGCCCGAGAGCAGCUGCUUCCAGAAAGCCUCCUCCAAAGCCAGCACCGGCCCUUCACCUUCCUGCAGCACAAAUUUGGGAGGUGAAAGGAGGCUCCCAGGGCGAGCCAGACCUGACUUGGUGCUGCGGUGCUCCUGGAGCACAGAUGUCGGGGGCAAAAUUCCCCCAGGACAGGCAGCUGCAGCGCUCCUGCUGCGGCCAGGGGCAGCUGAGCCGCAGGGAGCCGUGAGCGGCCGUGCAAGGUCCAGCCUGCAGCUCCUCGGAGAAUAAAUAACCCCACGCCAAGCUCUGCGUGAGCUCAGCUCGGAGGCCACGCGCCGUGAGCUCCCGCAGCGCUGCCUGGCCGCCGCGCUCCCCCCGGGGCAGCAGCGCAAGGUUGGAGCGAGGGCUGAAGGUGAGCUCGCGUCCUCGCCCAGGCACAGACAUUUUCUGCUCCGUCAUCCUGAGUUUUCUGCUCUGCUUUGCCAGAUUGUUCCAGGGGAAGCCGGGGAAGGUGCUGGCGCCGCACGGCGCGUUCUUCCAAUGCCAUCUAGUGUCUGGCCACAGCCCCGGCCGGCUGCGUGGUGGCACCAACCCUUAUUUAUGGCAGAAGGAGCUUGGAGGGCCAACGGGCUGCUCCGGGUGGUUAUUAAAAGCAGUACCUGCAGCCUGGAUAACUAACCGGUCGGUGCACAGGUUGGGUUUGAUUAUUUUUUUAUCCUAUCGCUUCCGUUUUGCAAUAAAAGCUCACCCCAGCAGGAUGGAUGGUGAGGAUCCGACGGCGUGCCCGGGGUGAUUAAAGCCUCGCAGCCUUCCGCCGUUUGUGUUGUAGCCCCAACAUCACCUGGGGCUUAAUCACUCAGGAAAGUGCUGUCAUGCCUUAUCGUCACCGUAUUGGGAGCACGACCUCCUUCCCAUUUAGCUGCCAUUUCCAAAUAAUACGACUUGCCAGGGGACAGGCAUGACUCAGGAGGCUGGUAAUAGGAUAUAAAGACUUUGACCCGCGGGUUGGCCAUUCGGACGCUGCCAAGGUCAGCAGCAAGGGCAAAGAUGUUGCUCGCACGACGAUUAUUUUGCCAAACUGCCCAAUACAGAAAUAACCCGGCCCCUUUGCGACAACCAGCAGGGUCUGAAGGCUGGGUUGUUCCUGUUCUGAAAGCACCCCUGGAUGCCUACCCCUCUCUACCUGGGUUUUAGGAUCCGAUAACUGCCCGUGGCCCUGAGCUUUGCUUGCCAUCACUGCAGGGACCUGUCUGGACACACUGGGAGCUCGUAGAUCUGCCCUGGCAGGGGCGAUGUGCCCCAGCAGCAUCCCCCUCUGUGCCCCUGAUGUGCUUCCAGCACACAGCAAGCUUCCACAGGACAGCAUUCCUCAGCACCCUGCUGGCCUCGUGCCCUUCUCUCCAUCAGCUGCAGUGAUUUAGGGCAGCACUGCCCUCGCUUCCAUCCUCGGCCGCCAGUGACCGUGCGAAUUUAUCUCCUCGGUAGCAAACUGCCUCACCCAGUCCGCUUGAUUCCGUGAUUAAUUAAGCUCUCACUAGAGAUGAGGUUGCUCCCUCCAAACACGCUUAUAAAUAUUAGCAGACGAAGGGGGCCUGGCUGUGUGAGAUGGCUGCAACCAGGCCGUGCCGUGGAGAGGUUGCCAGGGCACAACUGCUGCAGAAACGGGGCUGCUGCAAACCCUCUGCUUACCGAACCUCAGCACCUUCAUGCUGCAGCUCCCUCCUCAUUAGCACACUGCCCUCACCCUGCUGCUCCUCCAGCCAGGUCUUUAAUUGCCGUCAGCCUCAUUAGCAGUGCCACCUCCUCACCAUUCCUUUUAAUCGUGGGCUCCCUCCUUCCCCAGCUCCAGGAGCACUGAGUGGAGCGCGUUGGGUGAGAACCUCCCAGGGCCUUUUGGGAUCCAUUAAAACGGGGCUGAAGCCCUAUUGCCACUGCUUUGGGGUUCCCACUGGGGUUCCCAGGUGGCCCUGGGCUUUUUGCAAGGAUCUUAAGGUAUAUGCAGCGAGCUGAGGUCCUGACCACCCAUGGGAGCCCCAGGGUAGGUGAAAGCCUCCUGCAGGGCAGCACUGGGGGCAGCAGCAGCAGGGCUGAGCUAGGCGCAGAGCACCUCGCCGCUCAAUUCGGCUGCACCAGCUCUGGAUGCUCACCGGCUUUCCCAGGGAUUUAGGCAACAUCCAGCCAGCUCCACGUGUUUGCCUUUCACUAAUCUGUUUGCUUUUUUUUAAUUGUCUGCAAACAAGGUGCCGCCUUCUUCGCAUAACAAACGCAUCGGGCGAUGCCAGCAGGGUGGCCACCCCGUGCACCCGGCGACCCCACUCGCAGGUUGGUGUGGGACCAUGCCCCAUUCUGCUCUCAGGACCUGGGUUUCCUCAGGAAGUCCCCAUUUUCCAUCAUUUCUCCCCACCUGCCUCUUCCCACCGUGCUGACGGAUGGCCACCAGGGUCCGGAGAGCACCACGAGCUCGGAGCCUGGCGCCGUUUACACUCCAUAAUUCCCCCCCCAGCCUGUUUUGCUGGAUUUAUCCAGCAUCAAUAAUGGGAUUCUGCCCUACUAAAAAGCAUCUGCGUGCACCAGCGCUGAAAGCAGAAGCGAUUCCCGCUGAGUUGGUGUGGAAAAGCCUUUGCAAUCAUCUCGUGCUGCAGACCUGAAGGACGGUUUAAAUACGAGGCUCUUUAAUAAGAUGAAAACAGCCUUUCCCCACCGGUACUCUGCCUGCUUUUUCAUGCUGUGGGAAUCCUCUGGUCAAUGCCGGGCCAGCUGCUGGUGUGCUGAGGGAUUUCCCUGGUGUCCCACAGUGUCCUACACCAUCCUCACAGCACCAGGGAGGGGGCAGCAGCUCUGUGCCAGCCCCCAGCCCGCCCAGGAGCAGCUGCUGGCUGCAGGUAUUUGGGCUGUAUCCCCUCAGACUUCCCUAGCUUGGCUUCUUUAAAAAAUAAAAUUAAAAAAAAUCAAUCACCACAGGUGGUUUCAGAUGGGUAAAAGUGAAGAAGGGAGCUCAGGACCCACCUUUGCUGGGUGCCCUGUGGAGUCCCUGGGGUUUGGGGACCUUGCCAAACAGGAGGUGCUUGCCCUUCACAGCACCAUCACCAAAUGCUUUUCCUUCCUUGAAUAUCAUUUCUAAUCCAGGCAAAAUAGCUCCCAAAACUGUGCUGGCAGCACUGGAUGCUGCUUAAUAAGGGGGAAAGGAGCUCCGGCGGCCUCACCUAUGGCAGAGGACAGCGCCGUGCCUCGGUGUGUGCCGCAGGAAGAUGGGCAGAACCGCGCACCCACCGCCUCGCAGGGCUCCCUCCGCCGUGUGAUUCAUGCCAGGAGCUCGCUGGGUGGCUGCGGGAUGAAUGACGCUAUAUAAAUGCAAAGCGUUGUUAAUAUUUCACGCGGUAGUGAAAGUGCACAACUGGGGCUCGUUCCUGCAAGACGAAGUGCUGCCGUCGGCGUGCCACCUCCCCGGCCCCGAGCUGCUUUCCUCCAGCAGAGGGUGCAGCCUGGGGCAGCUCCGUGCCCCUAAAAAACAAAUCCGCAGCAAACUGAAGCGGGAGAGGCAGCUGUGGGAUGCCACCAUCCCUAAUGGGCAUCCAGCUGUCCUGUUCGGGGACAAUGCAACAGUCCCAUCCCUUCCCUGCUUGCACAGGACAUCCACCUGACGUGGCUGCCCAAAAGAGAGGGUUUUAACCCAGAAAGCAGCAAGCUGUGAGAGUCCCUUUGGAUACCUGCAAGCCUGGGGCACGGGGUCCCUGCUGGGUGCUGUGGGACGAGGGGGCUGCCCUGGGAUCCCACUCCCAGGGGGGCUGGGAGCCCCCUUCCCAUCACAGCCACUGCACCAGCGGGUUAAAAAAAAAAAGUAAAAUAAGAAAAAAAAGGGGCUUGUUUGAUUUGAAACUGCAGAACUCUUCCCUGGAGCCAUCGGCAAACAGUGGUAAUUUACUUUACAGCUGUUUAGAUUUGUUUCUCUCAUUUUUUUGUAAAACCCAGCGGAAUUGCAAAUGAAACGUGUGUUUGCUCCUCAGAUGGCUCGGGCUCUACGUGAGCUCUCGCACCCCACACAGCAGCAGCCGCUCCCUGGACCCCCACCCACCCGAUCCCUGCGCCCACGGUACCCUGGGGGGGGGGUCAGGCCUCAGAAAUUGGCUCCUGUGGGAGGGGGUCCCCGUCCUGGGGGGGUCCUGGGCUCUGGGAUGGGGGUGACGGGAAGGGGACUUGCACCGGCUUGCAGCACAGGUAUGGGGAGCGUGGAGAAGGUGGUUAAUUAAUUCCCAGCGAAAUAAUCAGCUGCCACCUACACAUCAGAAGGCAGGGAGGGAAAAACGCUCUUAUUAAAGCGUUGGCACGGUGCAAAGUCUGAGUAAAAGGGGAUUACGAAGGGUGGGGUUUGGCUCCCGGGGCUUUGGCCACGUCACCCCCUGGGGGUCCAAGCGAGUGAAAAUGGGGACAGGGAAGUGACACCCAGGUUGCCACCGGGCUGGGGGACCCUGGUGUCCCCAGGGCAGCCGGGGACAGGCGGCCCCGAGCCCCUGCCCUUCCCCAGUGGUGGUGCAGGAUUGGGUCCCACGCAGCGGGGCAGUGCUUGGCCUGACGGGACAUGCAGGGAGCUGCCUCGAAGCCUGUCCCUUCCCCUGGGAAUCUCCUCCUCGCUCCCAGGAGCCCCAGGGUGACUCACGCGGCACCUCGGCACCGGGCAAUGCGCUCCUGCCGCGGGCGAGCACCGAGCGAGCGGCGGCCUGGCCUCUGCUGGGACAUCCCCAGGGCGACCGGCGCUCCCUGGGCUGCUGCUACGAGCUUGCACGGGAAGGUGAAAGCUGGAUUUUGUGUCCCCAGUCCUGAGUCCGAGCCUCCCUGGCUCUGUUCAACCCCGUGGAUCGAGGCAGCGAGCUCCAGAUUAGCUAACAGGACCAGGGGACCAUGAACUGGGGGGUAUUCGAGGGGCUCCUCAGCGGGGUCAACAAGUACUCCACGGCCUUCGGCCGCAUCUGGCUCUCCCUCGUCUUCAUCUUCCGCCUGCUGGUCUACGUGGUGGCGGCCGAGCGCGUCUGGAGCGACGACCACAAGGACUUCGACUGCAACACGCGGCAGCCCGGCUGCACCAACGUCUGCUUCGACCACUUCUUCCCCGUCUCGCACAUCCGCCUCUGGGCCCUGCAGCUCAUCCUGGUGACCUGUCCCUCCCUGCUGGUCAUCAUGCACGUGGCCUACCGCGAGGCCAAGCAGCAGAGGCGCCGGGCCGCCGCGGGGAGCGACUACCGCUGCCUCUACCCCAACCCCGGCAAGAAACGGGGUGGGCUGUGGUGGACCUACCUGCUCAGCCUCAUCUUCAAGGCCGGCGUGGACAUCAUCUUCCUCUACAUCUUCUACCGCUUGUACAGGAACUACACCCUGCCCUCCGUGGUGAAGUGCGAGCUGCCCCCGUGCCCCAACACCGUGGACUGCUUCAUCUCCCGGCCCACCGAGAAGAACAUCUUCACCAUCUUCAUGGUGGUCACCACCUGCAUCUGCAUCGCGCUCAGCCUGGUCGAGGCCACCUACCUGAUCGGCAAGAGGUGCUGUGAGUGCCUCCAGGCCCGCAGCGGGGAGAGCUGCCAGCACAGCCGGGACUGCGCACUGUCCUGCGCCGAGCCUGAGGACACAGAGGGGCAGGGUAUCCCCCCGGUGGACUGCAAGCCCCCCACAACCUCCAUCCCCACGGCUUCCAUCCCCAAAACCUCCAUCCCCACGGCCUCCGUCCCCACAGCCCCCAUCCCCACAGCCUCCGUCCCCACGACCUCCGUCCCCACAUCCUCCGUCCCCAAGCCUGAGCAGGAGCAGGUUCCUCCCUAGGGCUGCCCAUAGCCACGUGCCUGCCCCAGCCCCUGCUCCUCCAGGUGGGACCCUUCAAAGUCCUGGUCGUGGGAGUGCACCAUGGAGCUGGGGUCAGCCUCUUCCCUCCUAGGGGCAAGGCGCUUAGCAUUAUUCUGAUGAAUUUAGGGUAAAAGGAGGUGCUGCAGGACAUGUGGGUGCUCUCUGAGAGCCAGCAGGCGCUGCAAGGUGAGGGACGAGACAGCUCCAUGGCAGCUGGGAGCCAGCACCGAGCGCUGAGCCUGAGCCUGUCCAGCUGGGGCUGGCAUAGCCAAUCCUGAGUGUAUCCCUGCAGUGAAUAAAACUUUCUGUCUCUACGACAUGACA